UUCCACUUAGUUUUGAGGGAUCUUUGGAGAAUUCCUUUAGUUUUGUUAAGCCUAAGGUUUAAUCCUUAGAAAAAAUGUAGGCAUUUAUUUUAUGUGUUUUAAAAUACUAAAUUGUGAAGUGCUGUCCUCACAAAUAUUGCCAAAUGGUGGAAGUCAACAAAGAAAACAGUGAUUUAUUCAGUGUCUAGAUGAGAAGUGAUUGUUUCUUGGCCUUUUGGCUAAGAUCAAGUGUAGAUGGGAAGUGAAUUUUAUGAAAUUUGGACUUCAGUUAAAGCACCCUUUAGAAUGUGAGGAGUAGAGACUUAAAUGUAUUCAUUAGAAAAGAAUGAUUAAAAAUAAAUGUUAAUGAAAUGUAUUUCUAACACCAGAAGAUUUAUCAAGAUUAAUUAAGCUAACACAAAGAUAGUAUGAGCAAAGGAAUAAUGAACAAGAUAUUAGUGAAACAGAAAAAAUUGAGUUAACAGGUGAGAAACUGAUUCAUUACAAAGACCAUUAGGGGACAAAUAUUUGACAAAUGUGUUGAAGAAAAAGCAAGGCAUAAAUACCCUAAGGAAUAAAGAAGCAUCAUUGCGGAUAUAAAAGGAUAUUUAUAAAAGAUUUUAAAACUUAUAUAAAAAGGAUGAUUUUAAGGAAAAUACAAAUUAUCAAAAGUUAUCCAUGAAGAAGUAAAAGCCUAUAAAAAAAUUGAAAUGCUCCUCAGGGAUUCUCUUCUGCUGAAAAGGCGCUAAGGUCAAGCAAGUCUUUACAGCUUUCAAUGACUAAUUUCCAUCUUAUUUCAGAUCAUAGAAAAAUGUGGGAAGAUUUUCAUCUCAUUUAAUAAGCUCCUGAUGAUAAUUCAUUAUUGCUGCUGCGGGCAGAGUUAUAUUUGACCAUGAAGAACUAUGAGCAAGCUCUCCAAGAUGCCAGUGUAGCUUGUCAGAAUGAACCUCUCUUGAUUAAGGGACAUCAAGUAAAAGCUCAGGCUCUUUCUGGAUUGGGAAGAAGUAAGGAAGUGUUAAAGGAAUUUCUCUACUGCCUUGCUCUAAAUCCUGAAUGUAACUCUGUGAAGAAAGAAGCACAGAAGGUAAUGUGUGAAGUGCUGUUUUCAGCUACAGAAAAUGUGCAUGAAAAUUUAACAUCUUCCAUCCAAAGCAGAUUGAAGGCUCAGGGUCACAGCCACAUGAAUGCCCAGGCUCUGCUGGAAGAAGGUGAUGCAGGGAGCUCGGAGAAUUCAUCUGAGAAAUCUGAUGUGCUUGGAAAUACCAAUUCUUCAGUUUUGUAUUUUAUACUGGGUCUACACUUUGAAGAGGAUAAAAAGGCGUUAGAAAGCAUCCUUCCAACAGCACCCAGCGCUGGCUUAAAGAGACAGUUUCCAGAUGACGUGGAGGAUGCACCUGACCUGAACGCCCCUGGAAAAAUUCCUAAGAAAGAUCUCUCACCUCAAAGGAGCCCAAACUCUGAGACAGAAGAAAGUCAGGGGCUCUCGCUUGAUGUAACUGACUUUGAGUGUGCCCUCUGCAUGAGAUUGCUGUUUGAACCUGUCACUACACCCUGUGGACACACAUUUUGCCUAAAGUGCCUUGAGCGCUGCCUUGACCACGCCCCACACUGUCCUUUGUGCAAAGACAAACUUUCGGAAUUAUUGGCAAGCAGAAACUUUAACAUAACUGUUCUGGCCGAAGAAUUAAUAUUUCGAUAUUUGCCAGAUGAAUUGUCUGAUAGGAAGAGAAUUUAUGAUGAAGAAAUGUCAGAACUGUCAAAUCUGACCAGAGACGUCCCCAUCUUUGUGUGUGCCAUGGCCUUCCCCACGGUCCCAUGUCCACUCCACGUUUUUGAGCCCCGCUAUCGGCUUAUGAUAAGAAGAUGCAUGGAAACUGGCACCAAGCGGUUUGGCAUGUGUUUAUCUGCUGAGCAUGCAGGGCUUUCAGAGUACGGAUGCAUGCUGGAGAUUAAGGACGUGAGAACGUUUCCUGAUGGAAGUUCUGUUGUAGACGCGAUUGGCAUCAGUCGAUUCCGAGUGCUAAGCCACCGCCACAGAGAUGGCUAUAACACAGCGGACAUUGAAUAUCUUGAAGAUGAAAAGGUGGAGGGUCCAGAGUAUGAAGAACUUGCCGCUCUCCACGAUUCUGUGCAUCAACAGUCUGUUUCCUGGUUCGCGUCUCUCCAGGAUCGCAUGAAAGAACAAAUUUUAAGUCAUUUUGGGGUAAUGCCAGAUAGAGAACCUGAGCCUCAGAGUAAUCCCAGCGGCCCUGCCUGGUCCUGGUGGAUCCUGGCCGUGCUGCCCCUGGAGCGCAAGGCUCAGCUGGCCAUCCUCGGCAUGACCUCGCUCAAAGAGCGGCUCCUUGCCAUCCGACGGAUAUUAGUCAUCAUCACGCGUAAGAUGAAUAGUCGGCAAGAGCUGGCUAAUGCUAGGGAGAGAAAUAAUUGAUUUUUCUCUCUGUCAAGGUUUCUGGCAGCCCUUGUGCUUUUAUAAAUGUCAGGCAUGGACGAAUAGCCGUCCAUUCAUUGUGCUUUGUCAAGUGCUUGUGGAUAAGGUUCCAAAAUGGGAUGCUUGCCAAACAUUGAGUCCUCCUCAAAAAUGACAAUUCUGUGUCUGGUGGGAUGUGACCUUGUAUAAGGUUAGCCUGAAGUCUGAAUGGAGCCCAUAGUUGGAAAACAACCUAAGAAAAUCUCUUGGAAGCAGGUGCUUGGGGAAUGCAGUUCACUGACAGCACAGGACCCUGCAGAUGUUUUACAUGUGGUUUAGGUUUCACCAGGAAGAAAGAUUCGCUUCCCAGUCAGUAUCUUGCUCUGCCAGAUGGUAAAGGCAUGUUUUAGUGUGUAGACAAUAUGGGGGAACCACGUUUUUAUCUGGAAGUGGAUUUCUUAGAACACAGGCUAACCAAAACUACGCUUAGGCUUUGCGUGUUGCUGUGAAGUUGUCUGUGAAAUUGAAUAAUCACACCAUUGUUCAGUGCAGGAGCCCAAACUAGUCCUUACCCAAGAAGUAGUAGCCUCUGGAUAGAACCGUGUUUAAUGUCCUGUUGUAGUCCCAGGUGUUGUAAAUUGCAUGUUGUAAUCAAAUGAAUGUCAAAACAUAAGAAAGUAUACCUUGGAUAUAGAAAAACCUGAGAACAGUAUCGUUCACUUGAGGAUAUAUAUGUAUACAUAUGUGUAUAUAUAUACAUAUAUAUAAUAUAUAUUUACACACAAUGAAGUGAAUUAAAAUUGUAUAUGCAUUGAGAUGUCAAACAUAAAACCACCAAGUGCAAAGAAUGCCUUGAAAGUAGAACCUUGUCUCAUUGAUCAAUGGUUACUAAGCAUUUAGGAAACAGUCAUCUUUUUCUAUUGGGAUUUGCAUUAGAAAUUAGCCCCAUCAGUAAAUUUCAGUUUACUAUCCAUUUAUUAAUAUACAAAAACAUUAAAAAUCUGCCAUGCCGUGGUAAUCUAUCUAUUCCAGGAAAAUAGAUCAGAAUAUACGAAGGGAGGAUGGCCAGUAUGGGAUGUAAAUAUUCAGUAAGUUUUUCUCCAACACCAACCUAAAAUUUUUAUUUUUUUGAAAAAGUUUUACAAUGAUCAGACCAGGUGUUAUCUGUUAAAGGACAGUAGUAUGACUUCCAUCCUGUAAUGCACGUUAGUGAUAUUGAUUGGAAUAACUGAAUCUGAGAUACUCAUAUGUUCUCUCUGGCCCAACCAGCUGGUGCAUUUAGUUGGCUUCUUCGUCUGUGAGGUGCACAUUCUUAAUCAGAGGGUCAUGACCACUGAAGAGCACAUCACAGCUGCAAGUUUUGCUUUGUUCAUUGAAGGUGAUUUUUUAGUUUUAAAAUAUGUAUAUCUCAUAAUAUACAAUGUUGAUGGUAUAUCAAUCCAUCAAGCAUUUUAUUAGAAAGACUUUAUAAUAUUAUUAAUUUUUCUUUUAGUUUUCAGUAGAUAAAACUCAGUUUCAUCACGGGAGUUAGAAAAUACCAGCAUCACUUAAUUGUAAAGAGAAAAUGUGAAAGUAUUUUCCAAUCCAAUGUUUCAAGUGCCUCACUUAUUGUGAAUCUCAAAUAUCAUCUUGAGAUGGUUUAAUGGCAGUUUGGCCAUGCAUAAGAGAUUUUAUUAAUUUAUGCAUUAACAAUAGUAUUCAACUUUCUUAGGCAUUAUAACCUAACCUGAUCAUUUGAUUGGAAUAACUGAAUCAUUCAUUGAUUGGAAUAAAAUAAAGAAAACAAAUGCAUCUCACAUGCCAGAAGACCUUUAUCAGAAGUGGUUCAUGAAAAUCAAUAUGCAUUGACCAUUCUCUGCCUUUCCCUUUUGGAAAAUUUUUUUGUACCUUCAUAUGACAGCUGAAUAGUUAUCAAUGCCGUUUCCAUUUGGAGGUGUCUAAAUAACCACAAUGUGAUCACAGCUUCUCCACGAGCCUUCCUGAAGUUAAGUUGGUAUGCUUGCUAUAAUAUUUGGAUCCUGUUGCUUUCUCUUCCUCACUCUUUAAAUGUCAUAAGGUCACACAGUUCUUGGAAUCAGAACUAUUCAGUUAUUUCUUCAUGAUUCUGCCUGGCUUUCUGAGUCUUCUCAUUCUGCAUGUUAUGUAAAAGUCUGAACAACAAUGAUGACGCAGACGAGAGCAACACACGUUUUUAUUUUUUGAUAGGGAGGUUUUUAUUUUUUUGAUACCAGAGGGAAUUAACUAUGAUCACAUCGUGCUCUCUCUGUUCAGCAUCACACCCCCACAUACUGCAGUGUGGGAGUAGAUUGGUACUUACUGAGCACUUAGAAACAUCACGCAUCAGGAACCGGGUCAGAGUGACAGCAUCCUACGGUCAUGUCAUGAAGGAAGCCUCCUUUUACAAACCUAAAAAAAACAACCCCCCAGCUUCAGUUUGCUACCAAUUAAGCUAAAGCAGAACGGUCUGCUUCCUCCUCCGCCUGCCCCCUUCUACCUCUUUUCUGUUGGGGAGAUGCCAAUUCUAAGGAUUUCUCAGAAAAUAAUGUAAUCUCUCAUUCAAUGUCAGGACAUUCCAGCUUAAUUGUACUGAAAGUGCUCCAAUAGGCAUGCUCUCGUUACAUUGGAAUAAAAGCAGAAAAGAGUAAUAGCAGUGUGGGGGAGUCAUUUUUCUUCUUGAGGAACAAUACAUGCUGUUCGGUAUUUUUCCAUUCAUCGCCCAAACCUGCCUGUGUCUUUGAAAUGCAAGUAAGAUCCCAAAGGCAGCAUUCUGAAAGCCCCUGGCAUUUUUAGCAUAUCCCAUCCCCCGUGUGUGUCCUCAUCUUCAGAAUUGAAAGUUAGGGUACUUUUUAAAGUUUCAAAAGAAAAUAAUUUAAAAUGUUAAGGUUUAUCCAUAGAAACACAAUAAUUCUUAACCAAUUCAUGUACCAAAUUCAACAGUAUUAUCUCAUUUUUAGGGUCACAAAUGUGUCCUUUUUGCACUUAAACCUCCUCCCUCUCUCAAAAACAAAAACAAACAAAAAACACACCAAGACUGUUUAACAAAUUGUAUCUCAACUCUUAAUAUAUGUUAAGUCUUACCACAGGACUUUUGAAUCAUCAAGGAACAGUUGAAGUUUAUAGAUGAUAGAAUUACAAUGAACUAUGAUAUUAUCACUUUAUUAUAAACUUUUUGGAAAAUUGGCAGUUGUUACCAUCAAAAUACUCUAUUGCCUGUAUUACAUAGAAUUUGUUAUAAUUUUUAUGUGCUUUAAAAAAAUACCCAUCUGUUUCUUCUCCUUGUUUUCUUUUGUGCCCCACCACUUAAAUUGCUUGGGUAAAUACCACUCUUCAAAAUUUGAAUACUGUCUAUCAAAUAAGAAGAAGUGUGAAAGAUAUGAAGAAGAAAGGUGAUAGCAAAUUAGAAGAAAAUAAAUGUGGGUGAUUUCUUUUAGUUGAAAGCACAGAGUUUUAUUUUUCCCCAGUAUAACUAUUGAGUAGGGUAGGGAGGUCCCUGUCUCCCCCUUUUUUUUUUUUUUUUUUUUUUUUUUUUUUUUUUUUUUUUUGAGAUGGAGUCUCACUCUGUCGCCCAGGCUGGAGUGCAAUGGUGCCAUCUUGUCUCACCGCAACCUCCACCUCCUGGGUUCAAGUGAUUCUCCUGCCUCGGCCUCCUGAGUAGUUGGGAUUACAGGCACGUGCCACCACACCCAGCUAAUUUUUGUAUUUUUUUUUUUUAGUAGAGAUGGGGUUUCACCAUGUUGGUCAGGCUGGUCUCGAACUCCUGACCCCGUGAUCCGCCCACCUUGGCCUCCCAGAGUGCUGGGAUUACAGGCGUGAGCCACCGCGCCCGGCCCAUCUACCCAUUUUUUUUAGCAUAGACAGCAGCGGCAGCCAGUGGAAGGAGUUCUUCCCCCUCAACAUCGUCCUUCCCAAAGGCCACAUUCUGAUUCUAUUGUUCACCAAAACCUAAUUCCCAGGGAACUCCGCUCUGGAUGGGAAGGAUGAGCUGCGUGAGCCAUCGUCCAUACAGGGAGAUAACCGAACCCCUUUGCCAGCAUCACCCCCUCUCUGCUGGGUUGAGACACUUCAUUCGGAGCACUGGCUCUGACUCCCAGGGGAAAGUCUUUUUCCCUUUACAACUUCUCACCUCACCCUCACCUUAACUUUCAUUUCUCAACUGCUGAAUUCUAUAAAAUAGCCUUUUAGCGGUGGCUCAGCUUUUAGGUGAGCACAAAUAAUGAAGAAAUUGAAGUGCCACCAUUGCACUCCCCCAAGUUGGGGACAUAAACUCGAAUUUGCACGCAGGUCUGAUAAAAGUAACUGAUUGAGGACGCAGAGAGGUGGAUGCCAUUGACAGCGUUUACUGUUCCUCACAAUUCCUGCAGAAAUGAAAGAAAGGGAGGCUCAGCAGACCACACCAGGCCAUGAGAGGAAGCACGGGAGACAGGCAGAAGCAGGAGUGAGGACGAACGUGGCUCAGACCCUCUACUGUGUGUUCUGCAGGAAAGGGCAGGGAAAUAGCUUAGACUGGCUGAUUUGAAUAACAGCCCAGACUCUAGGCUAUACGGGUGGUCUCUAGCUGUCUGGCACCUAGCCCUGGGUCGUUAGGGCGGGGGAUAUUGCCUCCUAGGUUGUAAGAGCCAGAUAGAGGAGGAUGGGCUCUGGAUUGGUCACUUUGCUCCCAGGGUAGCCCUUUGCUAUGUCUAAGAAUUGGCUCACCCUGGGACGGGCAGUUUCUCCCGGGUCAGCGAGGCCCCCACGAUGUCAAAAUAUCAUAAAAUACAGAAAUCGUGAUUAAUACUAUUGGUCCUCUGCUGUUUUGACAUACUAAGGUCACUUUUGAUAGCAGAAACUAUUAAAGAGUAGGGCAUAUGUUGCCCUGAAGAGCAUAGAAAACGUUUUAUUCUGAGAGUAGAAAGGAAAACGUGGAGAUACAGGAGUCCCUCAGGCUGGCCCAGAGCUGAGUCUCUCAUGUGUAUGCCAUUAGUCAAGAACGUAGUUCUGCAGUUUGCGGGGGGCCUCUAACAUUUCUUGGUGCAGUUGUUAACAUGUGUUAAACAUAUGAGUCUGAUGAUGAUAUCGCGGUGUUUCUCGGCUCAGGGUGGCAGGUCUGGCAGUUGUGUGGCUGGGGGUGUUCACUGAUAGUUCAGUAAAGGAUAAGUAGAGACUCAUGGUGUUCAUGUGUCACCACGGGGAGGGAGUGGCUGUGGACACCCAGGGCAGGAAGUCGUGGUGGGAAGCAGGCUGGGGUGGUAGGAGAAGGCACUGGGGGUGGGUGCUCCUCCUCCAGGGGUUGAGGAGUUGACUGAUACGGGGCAGUUACCUCCUGGGAAAGCAAGACGCUCCCUUAAGUUUUAGAAUGGUACAGAGAGUAGUCCCUUCUACCAGAGUUUCCAUUUAGACAUGGGAGUGUAGGGGGCCGUGUUUUGGCAGAAGCAGGGCGUGUAUCAGCAUUAGUGGACUCCUCAAUAUUAAAAGGAAGAACAGCAAACAUGUCAUGUGCCCACUUUGUGCCUCAGGAGAGGCAGCCCGUGGGCAUCGCUAGGGCAGAGGUUUUAAUAUCUGGGACAAAGUUAUCUCCCACGGCGAGGUCGUGGCUGGGGCCAUGUCAUCUUCAGCCAUGAGCUGCUGGGCUGGGCAAUGUCUUCUGGGAUGUGAGACAUGGGGUCUCCUUUCUAAGCGGACCACAGCUUAUGCUGAUGUGGGUUCCAGCAUUUGCUGCGUUUGGAUGAAACAGUGGCUUACCUGGAGGGUCUGGGCCUCUGGAUCAUAAUCCAGCGAGAGCCCCCACAUCAGUGGUGACAAGACCAAUAGACCCCAGAAUGUGUGCAGCUGUGCUUGAUAGGGUUUUGGUUCUUGCUUUUGGUGGAAGUUUAGGCUCAGAUGGGUCCCGUAUCAGAUGAGCAGCUGCAUGGCCUGUGGGAGCCCUGGGGUUAGUGGGUCCAGGAGAGAAUGUGUUCUCUCUCGGGUCUCCAGCCCUGAUGGGGUGGGGACAAGAUCCAAAAUUUAUAGGAAUAGGGGGAAACAUUGUAGAAGGCCCUAAUAUGUAAUGAGCUUUUAUAUACAAGAAUGCAAGACAUAGCCCUCUUUUUAUGUUUAAAGGGGACUAUGGUAAUGUUUUUUAAAGUUUGUGUGAGGUGUGAGUCAGCCGAGAGACCCUAAAUUAAGAGAAAUUCAGGUUUGCGGGGCAAGAUAGAGGCCCAUUUCGGGGUCUGUUUGCAGACCAGAAUUUGAAAUGGAGUUGUUUGAGGAGACCACGUGUGUCUUCAUGAAACCGAUUGUGUGGAACCUUUCAGGGCUGUGGAAGUUGUAGCGAAUGCCUUUUCCCAGGGCCCAGCAUUGUGGAUUCCGAGAAGUGGCAUGUGUGUCUCGGUGACUUCCAGUGAUGCCUGCCACUCUGAAGAGAUGAAGGAGUGUCCCGGCAAGACCUCGAAUCCCAGCUGUAGCACCUGUGGAGAGAUGUGAUUUAGAUUUGGAUUUAGGGUAUCUGUGAGGAAGAGUCCUAGAGUUUUUCAUCCUGAAGGGGGCAAAUCUUGGGCAAUGGUCCAACAGUUGGCCAUAAAUGUGAAGCUGGGGCCCUGUGCUGACCAGGGCAUCCAGCGUUAAGACGACUGCCUAACUUUGGCCACGUGCGUUGUUUUUUGGGUUCCAUUUUGUGUCAGGGCAUGCUGGCUAAAGAAUGGGAAGCAGCAACAUUCUCUUGGGCUCCAUCAUUUAUAUGAGGGUUGGCAAUGCCAUCUGUACCCUCUGUGAACUCCCACUGCUGUUCACUCAGUUAAUCUAAGGGACACCAAGGGGUCUGCGGGAGGAUGACCUCACAAGGGACUGAGGACAUGGGAGACCACCCUCCUGCAGGUAGAAUACACCAGAGGGCCCAGGCUUGACUCUGUCCUGUGUUGAGGAGGCAUUGGUAGUUUUGCUGAGCUUGUCAGGUGUUUAUAAUGGACAGCUGGAGAUUGGAGUCCUAGGCUUAGGUCUUUGAGAGCCUCUGUGUCCAGGAGAGCCAGUAGGCAUCCAGCCAUUUACUGCUUUAAUGGGAUAUUGCAUGAGGCUGAGAGGGGCAGUUUCUUGCAUCCGAAGCCCUUGGGCACCUUAUGUCUAUCCUAAGUAGGCCAGAGACUGCAGGCCUGCAUAGAGCUUGCAAGAGCUUCUAUAAUGAAGGGGUCUCUGAGGGCAACAACGGAGUGCCCGUGGAUUUUAAGGUUUGAUUUUAGAGGUGGUUUAUGGAGGGUGCCCCAUUUAAAGCAAGCUGAUUUGUAAGCAGCAGCAAGAAGAUUAAGUAAAAUUUGUGAAUGAGGACUACAUUGCCAUCAGAACCUCAAAAGUAUUUAAAGAUGUUGGACUUGUAUGUCUUUAAUGAGUGUGAUGACGAGUCUCCUCAUUUGUGCUCCUGGAGAAGGUGGAUGUGGUGAAGACCCUGUCUGCAGAGAUUGUGUGCCAUGGCAAAGCUGUGGAGCUCCCUGUGGGUGGCCUGCAAAGGUGUAUGUGCCCCUCAGGGCAGAGGCAAACUGCAGCCGAGAAGCUGUGCAAGUAGAUACUUAAUGGGACAUGUUAGCCAAACCUGUAAGAGCAAAAUAUUGGCCAGUUAUUUUUUUGUAUAGAAUUAAUAAUUUUAAUAAUAAUGGAAAUUGGGUAAUGGAUGGGACCACAGCAAUAAGGUUGUAGUAAUCCACCAUGAGGCGCACUUUUUUUUUUUCCAGGUUUAAGGAUAGGAAAAAUUGGGCUGUUCAAUGGAGAAACAAGGGUAUAAUCACCCCUUUAUUGAUUAGUAAGUUUUAAUCCUUGAAUACCUCAUGUUAACUGUUUUAACUGGAGGUCCAUGGGGCAUCAUUUUAUGAAGCUAGUUUGUAAGUGCCAAAGACUGACUUUAAUUUUAAUUUAUUAUUUGUUAUAUUAGAGUGUCUGUGUCCAAUAUGGGAUAUUAGGGCACUGGGUACUAUGACCAUGGGAAAUUUAGACAGGCUACAGUUAAAGUGAAGCAUACCUUCCCACCACCCCAUUGUAUAUUUAGUUGCUUUAUUUUAAAAGAUUAUAGGGGUACAAUGUUAAGAUUUAGUGGGAUCUCCAGGUAUAACUGUAAUUUGAGCCCCAGUAUUAAGACUAUGAAGCUUUGUCAAUGGGUACAUUUUAGCAAAUGUUACAAUUAAUUUAGAACCUAAGUUAUGGAGACACAAAAGCCAAUAGGCACCCUUUUAUCUUUUGGUUAAAUGUUUUAGUAUAUACAUCUUAUUUAUUUGUAAUACUAAUAUAUAAUUUGUUGUAUAUAUUUUUAGUUUAUAAGUGUUGGAUUUCUAAUUGGAUCAGGUUAGGGACCGUCAGUUUAGCUGUAUAUGUACAUAUACAUGUACAAUUUAUUAUAUAUUUGCAUUAAAAUAGCGUAUCUACAUGUGUAUAUAUAUGUGUGUAUGUGUAUGUAUAUGCUCUCACACACAUAAAUACACACAGUCUAUUUAGUUACCUUUAAUUUUUUUCCCCUUGUACUUAGGCUUUUUCUCACUUUUUCCUUUUUUUCUGAUUUUGUGGCAAUUUACUUGGAAGGAGGCAGUCCCAGCAUGUUGAGAGGCGGGGUUGGUGCGGGGGGCGGGGGGGGUUUACAGGCUCACAUAGCUCAGGGGCUUUUGCAGGUCUCAGGGGAGUGGGAACAAAGUGUCCUACCCCUUCCCCUUUUCCUUAAAACUCAAGCCACUGGUCUCUAUGGAUAGAUCCUUUGCGUCCCACUGGAUUGAGGAAUGAGUCACAACAGCUUCAAGGCUCUUAAAGCAACAUUUAAACCUUUUGGCGGCUGUCAUUUCUGUGAGGAGGGUGCCUCUCACCGGCCACAUGGCCAGAGGAUCCCUGCAGUGCUUUGGAGACCAACACCCAGAUCCUUUGCCCAGGAUUGCGAUUAAUUCCUCACUGGAUGCUGGGGGAGAGCCCCUCAGCAUUGCUGGCUCGGUUAUCAGACUCUCAUCCAACAUAAGCUCGCAGGGAAAGCCAUUCCUUGGUCUUUGUGGAGGGGGUUACCCUCAUUGCCCUGAGACCACCAGCCAAGAAAGUAAGUAUGUCCAGGUAGGGAAUUCAGAGGGACCCAGUGCAUCCAAUUAUACAUUAUACCCAGAAGUUCCUGUGUAGGGGACUACGAUUGACAUCACCCUAGUCUGCAGCACCAAGGACUGAAUGAGCUCAGUCCUCUUUUAAUUUAGUCUGGACUGUCCCAGACACUCUGGCAGACACAGCAUACAUGGUGCAGCCAAAGUGCAAAUAUGCCAGCAGCAGCCAUGCUUCCCAGGGUGGGUCCAGUUAGCCACAUGCAGCCAAGAGGUGAGGCAUGCUCUCUGCCACACACAGGCUCACCCUGCCCACUGUGCCUGUGGUAUCAACAUGUACCCACAUGUUUAAUUCAUAAAGGAGAGGCUGAUGUCAUUGAAAGAAAAGUUUGUUACUUACAUUUCUGGAGAAAAGAAGCGCACCAUGCCAUGCAGGGCCACAGGAGCAGGAGGCACCGGAGUGGUCAGGAGGCAGAACUAGGCACAAGCACAGGGAAGCAGCUUUCCAUUGUGUCUCCCUGGCAAAGGCGAAGAUGGGCGGGGGCAGAGUGUAGGAUUGGUAGGUUUUAAUGUCUUGGGCGGUAGCUACAGGCAUGGUCUCCAGCUGCCUGGUGCCUGGCCCUGGGUGAUCAGGGCGAGGGGAUACUGCCUCCUGCGGUGGAAGAGUCAGAUCGAGGAGAUGGACUCUGAAUUGGUUAGUGUGCAAAGGUGCACUCCCAAGGGACCCCUUUGCUGUCUCUAAGAAUUGGCCUGCCCUGGGAAGGGCAGUCUCUCCCCAGUCAGUGAGGUCCCCGAGAUGUGAAAACAUUAUACAUUAUAAAAAAGCAUGAUUAAUAUAAGCUUAUUCUAGCAUUUCAGGUUACAGCUUCUAGAAGAGGUUUGUAGUUUCAAAUGAGUAGGUUUUUCCUCUAGAGAGGGGCAGGCCUGGACCUUCAAGCACCCCUUGGUGUGUUUAGGAGCUCAGGAGCAGAAGCACCUGCCUGCAGCCCUACAGCUAAGGAAGCUUCUCUCAGUCACUCAGAGCAGGGAGGGGCUGGGAGAGGCAUGUGAGGUUCCCGGGGUACGACAGCCCCCAAGGUGAAGGAUUGGCCCUGACCGUAACAGAGAACCCCGAGGAAGUUUACUAUCAUGAGUCUCGGUUGGUUGGCGCAUGUGACCUUUGAAGGAUGAAGAUGGAGUUUGCAACACGAGUAUCUCUAACCUUUUGCUUUUCAGGGAUCAUUUUUAAAAAUUGCAUCGGGGCCUUCAUUAUUUACCAUAGCAUUUUAACUUUCAUAGUUUUGUCACCUGUUGUACUGCGAACAGUUCAACCAGAGACUGACUUCUGUCUCAUGCUGUUUACCCCACACACGAUUUCCCACUCAAUUCUGAAAAUAAAAACCUGUUAAUAGGUUGGAAAGCUGUGUACUCUAUUCAUAUAUUGUUCUUUCAUGCUAGUGGAGAGUGGUGUCAUUAGCAUCUUAAUUUUAGAGUUGUGAAAUGAUUUUACCAAUUAGGAAUUGAAUGUGUAUUUUUUUUUCUGUUUAAUAAGAAGAGCAAAUUUGAAUAAAUAAGCUGGUGUAGAUAAACUUAAUAAUUAUGCUUUUUCUUAUUUGGAGAUAGGUGAUGUGUUGUCAUAUCCUGUGAUACAGGUCACUCAUCUGGCCUUCUGUUUCUGAAGUUUAAGUCUGGUUUGAAUAUGUAAUAAUAGUACUCAGCAUUUCUUGUUGCCUAAGUGAGACGAAACUUAAAUGUUAUGAUAUUUACUUCAUGUAUUCUUGUACUGUUCAUUUCAAUUAAUUGGUAUUGUAUAUCUAAUAUGUGAUAUUUGAACUGAAUAAAACUUACAGUGUUGUAAAUGUUCUUUAAUAAAUAUCACACCUAAGUAAUAGGCUAGACUGAUGAGAAA